AUGGCGGGCCGCUGGCAGCCCUACGCAUACGGAUAUGGAUAUGCAAACCAACCGCAAUCCAUGGCCGACAUAGAUCCCUCCCAGCCCAUCUUUGACCCAAAGGCCAUCACCAGGGCUAGUCGCAUGCCGCCUUCGCCUCCCAAGAAGAAGCCAACAGGGCCGUUGAUUGAUUUCAACAAGCACCCCGACAGCUUUCUGGUUCUUCCCUAUGGAAAUACAAAAGCAAAACCUAUGACUGCCAAGACAAAGCUCUUCAUCGACAUUGCGCGAUGGACCCAGUUCGGCUUGAGGAUCAUCACGCUCUUGGGCGCAGUCGGUGUAUUGCUGUGCGGCAUCUUCAUCCGCGGUGUACAGGAUACCGAAGGCUACAUUAUGAGGAUACCACCCGGUGUGGAUCUUAUCAUCUCAUUGUAUGCUGUGUACCACUUGAUCCGUAAUCCCAAGAACAGGCCAGCAGGAAGCUCUGCCAGCUACCACUUCUUUGCGCUUGUCACAGAUGCUGGUUUCAUUCCCUUCUACGUCUUCACCGUCUUGAUGGCUCGACGAAACUACGACAUGAAGGUUGGAGAGAAGGGUCGCUGGGUCACAAUGUUCCCUACCAACGAGGAGACCGAAAAAGUACUUUUUACGACAUGGGUCACCGCCAUUUCGGUCGGUGCUUUGCAUCUGGUUUCCACCUUCUUGGACAUGUACAUGGCUCUUGUAUUCCGCAAGAUUUCCAAACUACCACCGGACAUGAACCCGCUCGAGGACAAUCUCACGUCACGCAGAAAGGCCAAGCACAAGCAUAAGAACUCGUCCAUUUCGGCUAUGGAGCCUCUUACCGCAAAGCAAGAGAAGCAUCUCAGCGACCAGACCACACUGUAUAGUGGCCGGACCUCAAAAGCCGAGUCAUACAUCUAUUCAGACAUUCCCAGCCCUACCAAGAACCAGGUUGCAUUUAUGCACACUCGCGCAAAGUCCGAGACAGUAUACUCGCCGCAUACGCCUGCGUCAGCUCGUCAGUCUAGAGAACGUUUCUCCAUGUACUCACAGCCCCCUACUGCAUACCAAUCCCGGAAGAACCUUAACCAUCGCGAUGACCUUCUUAACGACGAGGAAGACAAUCAGACUCUAGCGCAACGCAAAUCGAUGCUCUCUGGCAAAGGCAAUAUCAAACGACACUCGCGUCCCGGCUCUAAUGUUACUAGCCCAAGCAAGAACGAGUUCCACACGCCUCGUUCAAGUGGAAACAAUGAACAGCAAGAAGCAACUGGUGACCUAUCUCUGCAGCGGAACUCACAGCAAAGCCUCAAGGCAGACAACUGGUUCGUCUCAGCUGAAGAAGAUGAUAAUGACCACGAUGGCCACGCACCCCAAGCACUCAAGCAGUCCAUUUUCGCCUCCGCAAACGCCAACAAGGGCUACAGCACUGUGACUGCAUACGAAGUACUUUCUGAUCACGAAGACGACGCCGACGCCCGAGAACCAAUGAUGCCACAGCCUCUGCGCAUGAACCCACCGUCACCUCCUCCAGCCGACGUGUCAGACCACCAAGGAAGCACACCUCCACCUGCAUACCUCCAAUCCAACGACAACGCCCGCCACAGCAUGCGUACAGAAGAACACCUCGACCGCCCCCAAUCGCGCGCUACAACACCCAAAUCGCGCCGCUACGGCAACCUACAAGACGCCACUGCCGGUGUCCGCAGCGCCAACUCGCCUCACUCCAAUUCCUCAUCCCCAACUAAAGAUUCCUCCUUCCGCCGCCAACCCAACCACUUCCCUAGCGCCACCAAGCAAUACGCCGUCAACGCGCCUGCUCCCCAGAACGGUCAAGGUAAAGGCAACGGACUCGCCCCCAAUGCGCCGUUUUCCCUGCACAAGAAGAGCUACACGUCGAUCAAGCGUACAGGCGAGGCCAACUCGACACCGGUUAAGGGCCAGUCACCGCGUGUGAUUAGCAGGAGUGGAGUUGACUACACGGGUGCUUUUGCCUUUGACGACGCCGAUCUGGGUGUGCCUGGGCGCAGGCGCGAUGUCAGCGGUAAGAUUGCAGAAGAAGGCCGCGGUGGGCAUUGGGGCGGGAGUGGAAUUGUGCAGCGCAAGGUAAGCGGUGUUGCUCAGGCUUAUUGA